AAAGUACAAUUAUGUUAGAAAGUUCUCAGUGGAUAUAUCGGCCCUACAGGCUCAACUGGAAAAUCCAAAAUUAUUCAGUGGAAAAGCGCCAUUUCAGUCUGACACGGAUUUGCAAUCCAAGUCUCGCAAUAAUUCUCAAAAAGGUCGCUGCCCUUGAAGACCCCAGUGUUGAAAUUUGAUGAGAAAGAAGAAAAGGGAGAAAGUGAGGAUGUGAAGAACGAUGUUCGCCCGAUGUUGCCGCUGAUUACCGUGUCAGACGAUGAGGGCACAGAGAAGGAGGAGGUGGAUACACGGUCGGAACACGAGAGUGUUGAAGAUGGGAGCGAGAAGGACAAGACAACCUUGAAGUUCAAACUUCCACACAUGUCUGAAGAAUCACAUGUCAGUGAUCAUGAGAGUCUUCACAGCUUUGACAAUGAUUCCACAACUGACCUGACUCUUAGUUUCACUAAACUGUCAUGUCUUCUGUCUGUGACCUUCUGUCUGUGCACUCUCCCCCUAUUCCUGACCGAAGUACUACGAAACCAUCUAUCUACCAUCGCAUACAUCAACAUCACCACGUGUACGCUUGCCCUGUCCACAAUACAAACAAUAAUUUACCCACAAGUCAUCAUCUGCAUGGACAGUGUCGUACAUCGUGCUGUGCACAAACUCUGGGUCCGAUUCCUGCGGCGGUGUCGAUGCAUGGCGGCCAGCAUUGAUGAGGAUGGAGAAGAAAACAGGACAAAUCUGAACACUGACACAAGCCAGGUGUAAAUACACAUCUCCAUCAAUCUCAUCUUCGGUUACCAGGGUACUACAUCGCCAUUCCUUUACAAUAAAUACCCAGGACCCAUUUGCUUUGAUAGAAUGGGACACUUACAUUUUUAGAUUGAUAUUUCACUCCAGUACGUAAUAGGACAGUUGAGGAUUGGGAUGUCACAGAAGUUCUGUUCUGUAAAACUGUGCAAGGAUAGGACAGUUAUGGAUUGGGACGUGACAGAAGUUCUGUUCUGUACUAUUUAGCUAGGAUAGGACAGCAGAGAAUAAGGACGCCACAGAAGUUCUGUUCUGUAAAACUUAGCAAGGAUAGGACAGUUAUGGAUUGGGACGUGACAGAA